AUGCAGACGCGGGACCUCUUUGGCAUCCCCGGCGACGUCGACGCAAGUGAGCUCCGCGUGCUCAGCAAGGUCUACAGCGCCGGCCUCGACGUCAACUACAAGCUGCUGCACUUCGAUUUGACUGACGGUCACCGAAGCCGAGCGAUCGAAGGCCCGCUGUGGGAGAUUGCGGCUCGGGAUCGAAUCCGCAUCAAGAACUUUUUCACCGACUAUGACCGGAUGCGGUCGGGCAGGAGCAUAAAGACGCAGUUCAUGCGCGCAGUCACGCUCCUGCACCGUGUCUUCUCGCUUUGCAAGCUGAUCGACUCGCCGUUGCGCCAGAACCUUCUCAACACCAAGUUGGAGAUGCGUCUCGUCCUUGCGUUUAACAAGGUGUUCACUCGAAAUGUGUCCACCGAACGCGAGCUCGUCAAGGCGCUCGAGGCGACGACGACGAUCUCAGAGGCUGCGCAGCCGGCCUUAUCGUCGCUGAAACGCUGUGUUUACUACUAA